CAACAUCGGACGAACACUCUUUAAUAAUAUAUGUACAGUUCAGUGAUGACGGCAGGCGGUCGAUCACCGCGUUGGCGUUUUAUUUUUUUGACAGAAAAUUCGUUUUAACGUUUUCCCCCAGCGACUUCCCGCCGCCGCGGAAUAAUAAGACUUGCGCACACCGCGACAGAAUAUUAUAAACACAAUAUUAUACAACACGCGUUCGGUCGUAUAGUUUUUCGGUGGAAAUCGAUUUUUUUUCACAGUUCGUUUUUCGUUAAUACAAUUAAUAAAAUUACGCGGGUACCUACCCACCUGCUCGACUAUAUACAAGCCCAUUUUAAUAUUAUAUAAUAUUUGGACGCUGGGCCGACUCGUGAUGGGAAUUAUAUGUAUUGCCACCAGGAGUCGUAUUUCUGAAAUAAUAUCGUCACAUCGACUUCACGAGCUUGCCGGCCUGCACAGUGCGCCGGUGGUGUGAUGUUGUAGCGAUUCUUGUAGAUCUUUUCCUACAUUUCUAUUUCUUUAUCUACAACUUUCUAUUUCUCUUUCUCUCUCCCGAAUCUCACCAAAAUGUUCAACCACGCCAAAUACCGACAGACCGAAAACAACAACGAAGACGUACGAACUACCGGGCUGCAAUCGGUUCCGAAAAAGCCAGAGAUUCACUUGUCGUUCGAAAGUCUCACCUAUACUGUGAACACCUUCGAAAAGCUAAAAAGAGUGAAAAAGGAGAUCUUGCACGGCAUCGAUGGCAAUUUCCGGUCUGGACAACUAACGGCCAUCAUGGGACCGUCGGGUUGUGGCAAGAGCACAUUACUCAACGUACUCGCCGGAUACUCGAUAAGUGGAAGUUCGGGCCAAGUGUAUUUGAACGAUACGCUGCGAGAUGAAAAACAAAUGGCGAACAUCAGUUGCUACAUACAGCAGGACGAUUACGUGCGCGACCUGUUGACCGUCAGGGAAUCGAUGACGGUGGCUGCGCACCUCAAGUUACCGACAACCGUGUCGACUCUAUCAAAAGUCAGCCAAGUGGAGAACUUGCUCGACGCGUUGGGUUUGUCCGUUCACGGAGACACCAUCACCAAACAGCUCUCGGGAGGCCAGAAAAAGAGACUGUCCAUCGCUUUAGAGCUCAUAACCAACCCGUCAAUAUUAUUUUUAGACGAGCCCACUACUGGUUUAGACAGUCAAUCUUGCAGUCAUUUGGUAUCACUGAUGAUCAACUUAGCUCACAAUGAAAGUCGUACCAUGGUGUGUACACUACACCAGCCUAGUGCUUUACUGUUCGAAAAGUUUGACCAAGUGUAUGCGUUGAGCUCAGGCCGGUGCAUCUACCAAGGACCACCUAAAUUAGUUAUUCCUUACUUUGCUGAACAUUCCGUCGUAUGUCCAACGUACCAUAAUCCAGCCGAUUUUUUGAUCGAAGUGGCCAUAGGCGAAUAUGGUACUGAUGUACUUGUCAAAUUGUUCGAUACAACAAAAAUCACAUACAUAAAUGACCGCAACAAAUAUCCUACAAUUUCUGGCGGAGGCCGCGAAACACAACUUGAAAAUGGCGCGUGCCAGGAAAACAUCAAUGUCGAUAACAAACGAUUAUCGUAUAAAUCUGAGCUUUUAAAUAAGCCUCAGUUUUAUGUACAAGCCUAUCAUUUAUAUUGGCGAAAUGUAAUCAUGAACAAACGUAACAAAACCAACGCGCUGUUGCGGAUCGCCGUCCACUUCGCCGUAGCCCUAAUAGUCAGCUACAUAUACCGUGGAGUGGGCAACGACGCGGCUCAAGUGCUCAACAACAUGAAGUUCGUGUACGGCACCAAUUUGUUCUUGGCUUACACCGGUCUGAUGGCCGUCAUCGUUUCUUUCCCAUUAGAGUACUUGGUCUUGAAGAGGGAACACUUCAACGGUUGGUACACGCUUUUCCCGUACAUGGUGUCCGUGUUGCUUGUCGAAAUACCGCUUCAGAUAUUGUGUUGUCUCGCCUACGUCGUACCGGCGUACUUUAUCACCGGCCAACCGAUGGAAAUGAUGCGAUUCGGUUACUUUGCCGUUUUCCUGGUGGCCACUUCCCUGACGUCUCAGAGCGCAGGAUUCCUGUGCGGCGCAACUAUGCCACUUAAGAUGUCUGUGUUCGUUGGACCGGUAUCGUUGGCGCUACUCUCCAUGUUCGGGUUUGCGAUAAGGUUUUCGGACAUACCUGCCAUGUAUGUGUGGCUGCAUCAUUUCAGUUUCGUUAGAGCGUCAUUCCAGAGUGUCUUGUACACGCUGUACGGCUUCACCAGGGGAGUUUUACCGUGCUCCGACGAGAUGUACUGCCACUACAAGAACCCAGUGAAGUUUCUAACCGAAAUGUCAUUCGAUCAUGUGAAUAUUAAUCCUGAACUGUUGUACAUGUGUUUCUUUUUCUUGUGCACUUACGCGCUGACAACAAUUGUCAUAUGGUACAAGCUGAACAAACGGUAAAUCUCACUCAAAAACAAUCUAAACCUAAUAUGCAACAGGCUUAUGAGGGUUUAUGGUAUUAUAAUAUUAUAAUAAUAAUAUUAUUAUAUCAUUUAAGUAUCACAUAAAUGGUUUUUUCUGAUGUACAUCAUUAUGUUAUCGGUUAUGGUUAUUAUUUAUGUGUGAGAUCACUUUUUAACGCAAAUUAUUAUUAUAUUAUAUUGUGUACAAAUAAUAUAAAUUAUUCGAUCACAUAUUAUUAUAUAUGUAUAAAAAGUAAUUUGAAGAUAAAAAUAUCAAAUCGUGAAUAUACAAAUCUUUUUACAACUUAUAUGAGUUAAAAAUCCAACAAAAUUCAAAACUUUAAAAAUAUUAAUGUUAAAAAAUAACUAAUACUCCUUCCAAAGUCCCAAAAUGUAUAAGUUUAUAACCGCAUGUACUACAUAAAUAUCUAGGGUCAGUACAGAUGAAACUACAUUUUUCUAUAAAAUAUUUUACCAAAACUACAUAAGCUUUAUCGCGGUACAACUGGUAUGUCGUGGCAAUCUUAAUGGUCAAAAUAACAUUAUAUGUACAAAAAUAAAAAAUAAAAUAGAUUCUAAAUAAUUGUUAAAAUAUGUAGACAGUGACACCAACGGGUUAGGUAUAAUCAAAAGUUUGAUUUGUAUAUUUUUUUACUCUUUUCACGUUUACUUUUCGGUCUUUAUAAAAUAGAUCGUAAAUAUCAUGAAGAAAUAAAAAAAAUAAUAAUUUAUUUGCCCUUACGAUGUUCACAAAGUGUUGCUGUUCCACUGUAUAGAUAGAAAUAUUCACAUCGUAAUCGUGUUCUUAAAAAAAAUGUGUUUUAAAUUAUUUUAAUAUUACUAUUUAAAAUGUUCAGAGUGAAUAUAUACUUACUAUUGAGUAAUUUUUUUGUUUGUCUUACCAUACUAUGUUAUGUUUUACAAUAAACAAAUUAUUAU